CUCAUGUUUACGUGGAAAACAUGGCGGCGGACUACCAACAAGGAGACAGCUCCUCGUAAAUGCGGGCGGUUGGAAAGUGUGUGUGGCCGCGCGCUGGAAUCCGAACGGCGGACGUUUAACCGUCAGCCGUUAAAACCGUUUCUCUGAUUCUUUUAAAUGUUUUUAGUCUCUCCGGACAUUUCGCAUGAAGCAGUUUCCCUCUCGUUUCAGCCACAGGGACCGCGGUGAUGGAAGACGAGGAGAGGCAAAAGAAGCUGGAGGCCGGCAAAGCAAAGCUGGCUGAGUACCGCCAGAGAAAAGCUCACGUGGACUCCCAGAAGAAACAGAAAAAGAAGAAGAAAAAGAAGACAGCAGAGGACUCGGAGGUGGAUUCUCAGGGUAGGGUGGAGGUCGACCCGGAUCAGUCUGUGGGAGGAGAGGAAGGCUCAGGCGGAGAACGAGAUGGAUCAAAAGAAGGAACUAAAGACCCACCCACCACAGAGUUUACCUUCGCCAGGACGCUGCGGAGUGGAGAGACUGUCAAGCAUGACCAGACCUACACUAUAGAGCCAGAGAGUGAAAUGUCCACUACUGCCGAAGACUGUUCCUCAGAGGUAAAUGGGUGCCACGAUGAGAUGACAGAGAACCUAAUGAUGUCUUCAAAGGAUUUUAUCUGGGAGGAGGUGGAGCCCUUGCAACAGGUGACAAAAGGAGGAACGAUGCAGGAUAUGGAGGAUGCUCUAGCCGCCAAGACCCAGGCAGUGGAGGAGCUGAGUCGAGAGCUUGAAGAAAUAAGGGCCGCUUUCGGCACAGAGGGAGUACAACAGCUGCAGGACUUUGAGGCGGCUCUGAAGCAGCGAGAUGGCAUCAUUACCCAGCUCACAGCUAACCUUCAGCAGGCUCGUGAAGAGAAAGACGAGAUCAUGAAAGAAUUCCUGGAACUGACAGAGCAAAGCCAAAAACUACAUAUUCAGUUCCAGCAGCUGCAGGCGGGAGAGACACUGAGGAACACCAGCCACAGCAGCACGGCAGCUGAUCUUCUUCAGUCCAGACAGCAGCUCAUGCAAUACCAGCAGCAACUGGAUGAGAUGAAUGUUGAGCUCAAAAUGUACCAGGAGAAGAGCAGUGAGCAGCUGGAGCACAUCAGCCAGCUCCAGCACAAGAUCAGUGACAUGGAGAUGUCAGGGAGAAAAUCAGAAGAAUCAUUCACACAAAGGAUAAACGAAAAGGACCUGCUUAUUGCUGAACAAGAAAAAGUUAUUUUGAGCCGAGAGCAGUCGCUCACAGCGUCACGAACGGCAGAGGAAUCUUUUGCACAAACGCUGAAAGAGAAAAAUCUGUUAAUUUCAGAGCAAACUGCAAUAAUCAAAGAACACGAGCUGUCAUUGACCCUUCUUAGAGAGGAACUUGUCCAUGUGGGACGGACUACAGAUGAAAACGUUAUAACCCAGUCAGAUGAUAAAGACUUGAUUAUAGCGGAGCAAGAGAGAGUCAUUUCAGAACGUGACUGCUCUCUUACCCAGCUUGAGGAUGAGUUGGAGUCCUCUGAAAAACGCCUGCGUGACCUCCAACAGCGAAUGGCUGCAAAAGAAUCAGAGCUUGAAAGAUGCGUGGAUGAGUUGGAAAGCACCAAGUCUGACUUGGAAAGCACCAAGUCUGACUUGGAAAGCUGUAGAUGUGAAAUAGAGAGUUGUAAAUUAGAAUUGCAGAAAGAGCAAACAGAGUUAGAAAUUUGUAAGGGUGAACUUGCAACCUCCCGACAGAAAGAACGAAUGUCAUCUAGUGAAAUCAUGCAGCUCAUGGGCACAGUAGAGGACCUGCAGAAGCGUUGUCAUCGGGGCAGCCUGUCUGAGAGUGACAUUGUCCAGAAGAUGGAGGAACAGACUGUGAGGAAGCUCGAACUUCUCAGGGCAGAGCUGGAUGAGAUGUAUGGCCAGCAAAUAGUCCAGAUGAAGCAGGAGCUUAAUUUGCAGCAUGCAGGGAGAGUGGAGCAAAUGGCCGCACAACAUCGUGCUGAGCUCGAGCUUCUACAAGCACAACAACUGUCUCAAAGCUCCGCUGUUAGCACUGUUGAGGUGGACGCUCUCAAUGCUAAGAUUAGAGAGCUUCAAGAGACAUUACAGCAAUCCCAAGCAGUGCACGAUAAAGCCCGACAUGAGCUUAGCCAAGUUGCAGAAGAGAAGUUCAACUUGCAGGCCAAGGUUGAGGAUCUUCUCCAAGAUCUCUGGUCUGCUAAAGAAAAUGUGGAGCAGGUCUCCCAAAAUCUUAUCUCUCAGGAAAGCCAACGACGUGAACUGCAGCGCCUCCAGGAGACCAUUGACAAUCUGAAGAGUGAGCUGGCUGCUGCUCAGGAAGCGGCAAAAGAGACAGAAGCAAAACACGAUUCAGAAAUAACCAACUACAAGAUCAAGUUGGAGAUGCUGGAGAGGGAGAAAGACGCUGUGCUGGACCGCAUGGCGGAGUCACAGGAAGCAGAGCUGGAACGACUCAGGACUCAGCUUCUGUUUAGCCACGAGGAAGAGCUCACCAAUCUGAAGGAAGAAUUGCAAAGGGAGAGCUUCCUGAACACAGAAAACCUUCUCAAUGAAGCCGCUGUCAAACACGAGAGAGCGUUGGAUGAGCUGCGCAUUGGAUAUGAAGAAAAACUACAAUUGUUACAAAGGGAGAAGGCAAAUUUUGUCACAGAGCGAGAUGAGCUUUUGCACCAAAUUCUUGGACUAAAAGAAGAUCUAAAACUUGCUAUGCACAGCUCCAAAGCAGACGAGCUUGUCCAGCAGCUUCAAGAGCUUCAGGUAGAGCUUGAGGAACUGCGAAAGGGAGGAGAAGAGCGAGCUCGAAUGGAAAACGAAAUUCAGACAUUACUAAAAAGGACAGAGGUGCUUGAAAACCAGUCAAAAGAGAAAGAACAAUGUUGGGAGACCAAAAGGAAAGAACAAGAAUUGGAAAAGGAGACGUUGAUAGAGUCUAAUAACACUUUGAAAGAAAAGUUAGACUCACAAACUAUGAAAAUUGAGACACUCACAGCAGAGAACAAUCAAAUACAGCAACAAGUAGUUGAGCUUAAUGAGGAAAUUGAAAAGCAGAGGACUACUUUCUCUUUUGCUGAAAAGAAUUUUGAGGUAAACUAUCAGGAGCUGAAGGAGGAGUACACGUGUCUUAUUGAGACAAAGGCACAGCUAGAAGAGAGGACACUGAAGGAGACACUUGAGUUUGAGGCAAAAAUUGCCAGCCUUCAGUCACAGAUUCGAGAGCUGGAGGAGAGCAGCGGAGAUAUCAAAAUGGAGGACAAAAAUACAGACCGCUCGGAAAAAUCUGUGAUAGAAAAAGAUACUACUGAGCUAAUGGAGAAGCUUAAUGUUACUUUGAAGGAGAAGGAAAGUCUGGCUGGGAGGCUUUCCGAAGUUACAGAGCAAAUGAUGUUCACGGAGAGAAAAGUGGGACAGCUGGAGGAAGAGCUGAUGACAGUGAGACAAGAAAAUACGAAGGUCAUCGCCCAGAAUGAAAGCCUAGGGAAAGAACUAGAAAAGAAGCAAGAGAUUAUGAGAGAGCAGGCGAGGGGGCAGGAUGCCCAGAGACAGCUCCAGCAAGAAGAGCAAGCUGUUGAGCCAGUUUGUUCUUUUGAGGAUCAUCACCUUCAGAUUCAAUCUUUGCAAGAGGAGAUAAAGGCUCUUCAGUCUCUCUUGCAGGCAGCUGAAUCAGAGAGAGACAGCAUACGGCAGAACUUGGAGCUCCAGAGGCUUUCACAGACUCCAUCCCCAGCAGCAGCCCAUUCCUCAGGGGAGGGACCUGUUGAAGGACGAUCCUCCCCACACAAGUCCACAGCCUCAGGGUCAAGCAGGCGCAAGAGACGGCAGAGGUCUAAGCAGGAGCGUAAACUGGGCGCCGCUCUAACAGACUGCAGAGAAGAACGACAAAGGGAGGAGGAAGAGGAGGCAGUGGUGGAGGAAGAGAGAGCUACAAGUGCUGCAGAGCCGGAGGUGCAGCCUCAGAUGGAGAGCCGGGUUAUGUCAUGUUCACAAGAGAGGGCCGGUAAGGAGGACUCCACUGACGGGUACCAGGGAGACGGAGGCAGAGACUACAUCAACAAACGGGUGAGCAGACAUGGGACGGGCCACCACGCGGAGCCUGUCGUGUGUCAGGGAGCGGAGGAGGAGGAGGAGGGAGAGACUACUGAGCAUGGUGAGUGCAGGCUGCAGAUGGAGGCUCAGCGCAUCAGCCUGUCUCAAAUCCACGCCGCCCAGCUCGAGCUGCUGCAGGAGUCGACGGACGCCCGCACACACUCUCUGGAGCUGGAACUUCAGGACCUGAGAGAUCACGGUGACCAGGAUGAGCCAAAAAUCUUCAAGUAUCACAACACGUUACAAGCUGUGUCAAAAGAGUGCAGUGAGAUUAUUCUGUGUUUUCAAAAGAUAUUUGGUGAAGAGUUUUUGGAGAGUGUUGGUGCAGACGGUCGGUCCCCCCCUUCAGUGGAAAGACCAGAAACUAGUGAAUCUACCUCCAUUGUACUGGAGGCAAGAGAGCUCUACAGAGAUCUUCAGCAGGUGAGGGAGAGGAUUGAGCAGGAACACCUCCGACUGUCGCAGCUUCAGGCUCUGCUGAGAGCUGAUGGGAACAAGAUGAUGGAACUGCAGGCAGCAUACGAUGAACUGAAGAGCAGCAGUGAGAAGGAGAUCUCUGACCUGCGUGUGCAAGUUACCAGCUUAAGCUCCUCUACAAGCAAAGAUCUGGAGGAGCGGGCUGGUGCGCCAUCUACCGGCCUUACGGAGGAACUACAGAGGCUGAAGGCCGAAGAGCAGGAGAAGCAGCUGCAGCUGGAGGAGAGUCACAGACAAGAGGUGGAGCAUCUCAGAGCUCACUACCAGCAGCAAGCCUCAGAGACUGAGGAGCGAUACCUCACCGAGCUCUUCAUGCUGCAGCAGCGACUGCAGGAGGUCACAGGCACUCAGUCCCACUUCAGUGUUACGGAGUCCAGCUCUGAGAGGAUGGAGGAGCACGGAGAGGAACUAUUAAAGGACCUGGGUGAGGGGGAUUUGUCAGAGGAAGGUGUGGAGUUGCGCUACCCUACCAGGUCUGCAGGCCUGACAGCACAGCUGCAGGCACUGAGGAAGGCUCUCUACCACAAGUAUGUCCAAGAAGUAGCUGCUCUCAAAGAGCAGCACAACAGGGAGCUGAGGAAACUGAGAGAAGAAAGGGAACCAGAGUGGAAAAGAGAGGAGUGUCAGGGAGGGAGAGGAGAGAAGGAGCAGGAUCUCAACGGUAUUAACGGCACUGGAAGCUCAAUUGAGAGCCUCGGGGCAGUGGGGCAAGUCGCCUUGGAAGAGAGACAAGACUGGGAGAGAGUGGAGGAGGAAGUUGCCAAGGCCAUAGUUCAGAUGUCUGUGGAGUUUGCACAGCAGACGGAGUUGGCUCGAAUCAACAAGCGUGCCUGCCAGAGGUGCACCUCCAUGCAAACCCAGUCGGACGAAGAGGAGGUGGAGGAGAAGGAGACCGAGGAGCGGACUCCUGGGGCUUCCCUUACCCCAGGCGCCUGGCUGGAGGAAGUGGAGAAGGAGAGACUGGAGAGGGAGCUGGAGGAGAGGAACGCAGAGAUCAGAAAGUUAAAAGAGGAGCUGCAGAAAAACGAAUCUGGACCUGUUCAGGCCUUAAAGAAGAGAGAAGAUGUGCAAGAAGAAGUUGAGGAAGAGGAAGAUCCAGGGGGGCCGGGAAUAAAACAGGCUGGUGGAGGCAAAUUGUCGUUGCAGGAUGAUGGAGAUUCCUCCGAUAAGGACACUGAAAGAAACAUCUUGCGCCAGGCCAAUGAGAAACUUAGUCAGGUGCUGGUUGACGUCCUGAAGACGACGGCAGCGGCGGAGGAAACGAUAGGCCUCCACAUACAGAGUCUGUCUGCUUCCAGUGGAGCUCAGCAGGCUACACUGCCCGCCUCCACUACACAGAGAGCUAACACAGAGCCCAAUAGACCUUUUGCUGCAGGUCACUCUGCAGAAAGUUUCCCAGGCAGUGAGACUGGCACAGACAAUGUGAGUUUGUGGUCCGGGGAAACGGAGGCUGACGAGGGUCUGGAGGUGUCCCAGCAGAUGAUGGAAAGCCUGCUGCUGGGGGCGGGGACACAACUAGAGAACGAGGAAUAUCUGAUGGGCAUCAGCAGCCGACUCCAAACUGCUCUGGAGAAGAUGUUGAUGGCCAUCACCGACACCACCAACCAGCUCGAACAUGCCCGGAUGACCCAGACUGAGCUGAUGCGGGAGUCCUUCCGCCACAACCAGGAGAUGAACGAGCUGCUGCAGAAGCAGGAGGAGCUGCAGGAGAGGUUGACUGAGGAGGCCCGGGCACGCGAGCAGCUGGCUCUGGAACUUCACCGGGCUGAGGGUCUGAUUGAUGGAUACACGGGUGAACGGGCUGUGUUGGAGGAUCAGUUGCGUCAGAAGGAAGAGCUCCAGCUGAGCCUCGAGCAAGAACUGCAGGUGACAGGUAGCCGACUGCACGAGUUGGAACACGAGAGGUUUCAGAUGCAGGAGGAGCGGGAGUUGCUGGCACGGCAACAGGACGCCAUGAGGGAGCACGCCGGGCCCCGCGAGCUUCGCCUAGUUGAAGCUGCAAUGGUUGCAGCACCUGAAGCAGACCUGCUGGAGGAAACGGAGAAGCUGAUGAAGGAGAAGGUGGAGGUCCAACGUCAGGCGGAGAAGGAGAAUGCAGACCUCCUGAAGCAGGUGAAACUGCUGGAGGCGGAGCUGGAGGAGCAGGUCAACAGGGUGAUCGAGCUGGAACACGCUCAGAGGACCGAGAACGGCGACCUCCAACAGCAGAUCCAAGCUCUGGAGAAACAACUGGAGAAGAACAGGAGGUUUCUCGAUGAACAAGCUGUGGAUCGAGAACACGAGAGAGAUUUCUUUCAGCAGGAGAUCCAGAAACUGGAACAACAGCUGAAGAAUCCACAGAAGCUCCAGGCUGGCUCUGAGCAAAGAAACCAAGAGGUGGAGCAGCUGACCUCCCAGCUGAAGGAGAAGGCGGAUUGGUGCAGUGAGCUGCUGCUCAGCUCAGAGCAGCUGAGUCGUGAGUUGGGAGAGCGCAACGAAGAGAUUGACAAGCUGGAGAGCCGCAUCCGCGAGCUGGAGCAGGCCCUGCUGGCCAGCGCUGAGUCCCUGGAGAAGGUUGAACAAAAGAAGCAGCAUGCAACCAUCACAGAGGCAAAACACUCGCUGGAGUCUCAGUUGCAGACGGAGAGAGAAGCUCUGGAGCGGAAAGAGAAAGAGAUCUGUAACCUGGAAGAGCAGCUGGAGCAGUUUAGAGAGGAGCUGGAGAACAAGAGUGAGGAGGUACAGCAGCUUCACAUGCAGCUGGAGAUCCAGAGGAAGGAGAUCAGCAGCCAGGAGCAAUACCUAGAAACAAGGGAUAGCAUGCUCCAGGUGAUGGAGGAGAAGGACAGGGAAAUAGCACUUCUUAAUGAACAGAUCACUAAGCUCCAACACAUGGAAACAGCCUCUGAUAACAAGGAAAUUGAUGAGAGGGAUGAGCUGAUUAAAGACCUGGAGUCCCAGGUAGAGUGCCUUCGGAGCGAACAAGAACGCUUGAAGAGGAAUAAUGAGGAGGAGCUUGACCAACUGAAUGCAGUCAUAGACAAACUUCAGCAGGAACUGGCCAAUAUCGAACAGAAGCAGGCUUCAGAGGAAGACGAGGACACCAAGGCUGAGUUAGAGAGCAGCGAAUGGGGGCCAAGUACAGAGGAAUAUGAUGAAAUGAAGCAGAGAAUGGACAUGGCCACCAAAGAGCUCGAUAUGCUCAAAACAGAGCACACUAAGCUGCUGGAGAUAUAUCUGCGCUUGAAAGAGAACGCUGAAGCUUUAGCCGAAACAGAAAAACUGGACAACUCAGAGGCAGAACUGGAAGAAGCUCUCAGAGAGAAAACUGCAGGCCUUGUAGUCAUGCAGGCUCAAGUACAAGCUUUAGAGCAGAGUGCAACAUCCAGAGUGGAAGAGCUUGACCUCCGCAUUCGGGAGCUUGAGGACGUGGUCAAUGAAAAGGACUGCGAGCUGAGCCGCUGUCGCCUCCUUGUGGAGCAAACACAAAGCGAGGUGGAGAGUCUCCAACAGAAAGUCUCUAAACUGGAGAAAAAUCUGAGUGAGAAAGUGGCUGAAGCGCUCGUCAGCCAGGCCACGCUGGAGGCCUUUGAGCAACAGCGGUCACAAGGGAAGUCCAAAGAAGACCAGAACGAGCAGAGACAUGCCGAGCCACAUGUGGAGCCAGACGUGGAACCACAUGUCUAUGACUUUGGUGACUUUGGUAUUCCCCAAAUGGACUUCAGUGGAAUUAGUCAAGCGAGACAAGUUCCCACAGGGAAGGUGGUCCAUCUGACCCAGAGGCUUCGGGAGCUGGAGGUGGGACUCAGCGGGAUGCAGAAAGACCAGGAGCUCCAGAAGCAGCUGCUCUCCAGCUCUGAGGAAGAGGUGUUGGAGUACGAGAGGAGGCUGUCUGUGCUCAUGGAUCUGCUCAGUCAGAUGAAGACCAGACCGCACCAAAGGACAUCACCAGCUGUGGGGGCCUCCUCUGCUGACGACCAGCCGUCUGUGUCAGAGGUUCUUCAGGAGUUGCAGGAGGUCAGAGACGAGGCCGCGGCCACCAAAGAGCAGUUGGACAGCUACAAGGAGAGCUGCAGCAGACUUCAGGAGGAGCUCCAAGAAAAAGUGCUCACAAUAGAGAGACUACAGGAUCAACUUCAAAAGGUGUCGUCCGUAGCCAGCGAGGAGACGAAGGUGUCUGAGCUCCGAGAGGAAUUAAUGGAGGCUCAGAAUGAUGCAGCCGCCACCAAAGAGGAGCUGAACAGCUGCAGGGAGAGCUUGGAGAAGCUACAGGAGCUGCUGCAGGAGCGGGAAAUGACCAUUGCUCACCUUAAAGGAGAACUUUUCCAAGUAAAAGCAGAAGAAGACAGAGUCAGCGUGUCCGAGCUUCAGCAGGAGCUUCAGGGGGUGAGGAACGAUGCGGCUUCCACCAAAGAAGAACUCAACUGCUACAGGCAGCAUAAUGAGAAACUUCAGGAGGACCUCCAAGUCCGUGAAGUUUCCAUUUCUAAACUCAAAGAGGAGCUCCAGGAGGUGAGACAGAAUGUGGAUACCACCAAAGAAGAACUCAACAGCUACAGGCAGCACAAUGAGAAACUACAGGACGAACUACACGUCCGUGAGCUCUCCAUUUCUAAGCUCAGAGAGGAGCUCCAGGAGGUACGGACAGCUUUGAUGAAGACCGCUGAUUCCAGUCCUCCAUCUCCUUCUCCCUCCCCCUCUCCCUCUCCGUCUCCUCAGCCCCUCUCCUCUGCGUCUUCCUCCUCCACCACCCAACCUAAAAGGAAAGGAGGCAAACAGCCGGCUGGCAAGGGAAGCAGUGCCAAAGAUAAACCAUCUCUCUCCAGGAAAAACUCUGCCCCUUCUAGCCAGUCCUCUAACAGGUCUCACAGCGCUCGGCUGAACAGCGGCUCUGAGCAGCAACACUCGGCUGUGACGGACUCGUUCACGCAGACCGAACCUCUCCAAAUGUCCGACCUCGGUCCAGAAAGCAAGUCUCCAACCAAAGACGAGAUGGAGGAGGUGAUCGGAGAGUUCCAGGAGAAGAUUGUACAAAUGCAGGAGCUCCACGCAGCGGAGAUCCUGGACAUGGAGGCUCGGCAUAUUUCAGAGAGCGAGAGCCUUCGUAGGGACACGCAGGUUCUGGAAGAUGAGUGCAAGACCCUCAAGGCCAUCAUUGACAAGCUGCGCUCUACAGAGGCUCCUUCCUCAAGACAAGACCGUCCUGCAUCGCAGUUCAAAGAUGGCUACACAAGUGACAGCAGCUCAGACUACAGCCAGCGGACUGGAUUUGACCUCCCAAACUUGCAGCAGGAGUACAGGACCACUCCAGAGGGCGCCAGGAGAGAGACUGAUGAUCCGCUGCCUGACCGGAUCAAGACGUUGCUCCGUGAGGUUCAUCAGGAGGGCAUGCAGGUGCUCUCUCUGUCAGAGCUCCCUCUCCCUGAAGGCGAGGCGAGCAGCCAGUUCAAUGUCCCAGGCUGGGUGAAGGAAAGAGACGCCUUACUGGCAACUGUGGAGUCUCUCAAAGGCCUCAUCACCCAGAUGCAGACACACAGAGAAACACAGACGCCAGGCAGCGUGGAUUGGCGUGCCGAGCUUCUGGAUGCAGUGCGGCAGGUGUUUACGAGGGAGCGCAGCGUGCUGAAGAGCGCACUCUACAGCCAGUUGGAUCUGCUGGACACCAGCGAUGCCAUCAUCCACCUCAAUCAGCUGGAGCGCAGACUGGCUGAACAGGACUCCCACCACAGAGAGGCGAUGGGUUCGCUCCACACUGUGGACAGGUCCAGUCUCAUCUCUGAGAUCCAUCAGCUCCGUGGUCAACUAGAGCGACUUUAUCAAGGUGCCCAGCCUGCUGUGUCGCUGGGCAGUGAAUGUAGUAUGAAGGAGCAGAGGGAGGGAGGAGGAGCUGAUGGAGCAGCGGAGGCCGACAGGCUGCUGGUGGAGGAGCUGAAAGGCGAACUGUCCCAGACCAAACUGGAGCUGGAGACGACGCUCAAGGCUCAGCACAAACACCUCAAAGAGCUGGACACACUCAGGGCAGAGGUAUCGCAGAAGGCUGCUGAGGUUGACACACUGAACGACCAGCUGACAGAGGAGAGGAAGAGAAGCAGAGAUCUUCAGUGGACCAUGGAGAAGGAGAAGUGUCGAAUGGGGAGAGACGAGGAGAGUAAACAAGAAGAACUGGAGGACCUGCACCUCACUCUGGGGGAGCAGAAGAGCCGUGUGGCCCAGCUGACCCUGACCCUGGAUCAGGAGCGCCAGGCCUCCUCUCAGCUCUCCCAGCAGUCUGAACAGGACCGCUUGAGCUUCCACAGCCGCCUCCAGGAGCUCCAGGUCCAGCUUGAGACAGAGCGAGCCAAGGCCCAGGAGAUGAGCACCGCACUGGGGAGGGAGAGGGAGCUGCGGACCGGCGCCGUGUCCUUAGACAGCGGUACCUCCAAUGAGCAACGGGUCGAAGGCGAUUGGAGGGGGCCGGAGGAGGAUAGGAGUCUGCUAGAAAGACUGCAGAGAGACAUGGAUGACAAACAUGCACAGGUGGUGCAUCUCCUCAGUCAGGUGGAGGCCCAGAAGUUGGAGGUGGUACGAAAAGAGGAGGAGCUGAAUUUAGCGAGUCAGAGGUCGAGACGGGAUCAGGAGGCGCUGCUGGAGGCUCGGGCCCAGCUCGAGAGACUCGAAUCACAAAUGUCAGAGGCCCAGGAGCAGCUGGAGAGAGAGAUGGAGAGGAGGAAGAGUCUCGAAGAAGAGAAAGAGAGACUGGAGGAGAGGUUGAACCAGUUAGGAGGGCAGAGAGGAGGGAAGGAGGGGAGUGGACCUCUGCAGGCUGAUGGCCACACUAAGGCGGUCUGGCACAGUGAGUCCACCGACCGCACCAAAGACUGGGUGUUCCAGCAGAAGAGUGGAAAUGGUCAGUCAGCGAGCUUCAGCACGUCACCCCACCAGGAGGUCUCACCAACCAGCCACACCAGUGGACCGCACCAAGGUCCUUGGCGCACAGUCGACAAGAUCCUGGGCAAACUCCACCUUGUAUCCUCGAAGAUCCGUGGCAUGGCGAGCAAGACUACUGGGAGGCUGACUGCAGAGGUCGACAGUGAAGAGUUAUCCUGGGUGCAGUCCAAUGUUGAUGAGGUCAUCACUAUGCUGCAGCAAUCCCCAGGUCUACCCUCCGUCCCCGAGAGUGUUUCCCUGCUGGCAGGAGGCUCCUCCAGCUCCUCCAACUCCCUGACGGAGCGGCUGCUGAGGCAGAACGCCGAGCUGACAGGUUUUGUCAGCCGUCUGACCGAAGAGAAGAACGAUCUGAGGAACCACACGCUCCGCUUGGAGGACGAGCUGCGACGCUACCGGCAGGCUGGACUGGGAUCUGGUGACACUUUCAGCAGCAGGAGAGGAGUGUCGAAAGUGGACUCGUCAGGAAUGCUGCAUUCCCAGGAACGUGAGGCUUGGUCGAGAGAGAAGGUCCGCCUGGAGAAGGCUUUACAUCUGGCCCAGGCUCAGGUGGCCCGACUCAGGGGGGAGAUCAGGACCGAAACACUGCGAGAGAUAACUGGACCUGAGGCUGACAAUGCUGCACUGAAGAGGAUGUAUGGGAAGUACUUGAGGUCAGAAAGCUUCCGCAAAGCGCUGAUCUACCAGAAGAAGUACCUGCUGUUACUGCUGGGUGGCUUCCAGGAGUGUGAGGAAGCCACGCUGUCGCUCCUCUCAAGAAUGGGUGGCCGGCCGUCGCUUUCCAACCUGGACUCCCACAGCCAGCGCCGCCGGGGACUGAUGCGCUUCCGCUCUGCCGUUCGCGUCUCUAUUGCCCUGUCCAGAAUGCGUUUCCUGGUCAAGCGCUGGCACAAGGCGACGGGGAUGAGCUCCACAACCUCCUGCAGCGUCAACAAGAAUGGAGGAGGACAGACAUUAGGUACAGAGGUGCGAGACUCACCUUAUCUUCACCCGGGCAGUGUGGAGAUGUGCAGAGAAAGGGGGAGUGGAGGAGGAGGAGGAGUCUCCAGCAGCAGGGGGCGAAGUGGACGUGAAUCUCCCAGAUCGGGCGUCUCCUCCACACACCACAGGUUUCACAUGGCUGGAGACCACGGAGCUCUCACCUGUUCCCACCUGCAGAGCUACGACCCCGACCGAGCGCUCACUGACUACAUCUCCAGACUGGAGGCUCUGCAGAGGAGGCUGGGUAGUGUGACAUCAGGUGCUUCUUCAUAUGCUCACUUGCACUUUGGCUUGAGAAGAUAGAUGCCGUCGAGUUAACUUUGGCUUGAAGAAACUCAGUUGCCUUUUCUCGUGCUGAGCGCUCUGCUGUUUUCUAUUAGUCUGGUGUGGACUGUAUCUUUCCAUGUGGACCAAAACACAUUUUUUUAUCAGUGUACGACAUGUUGUAUUCAGGCUUUUUUGUCGCCAGCACUUGAAAAACAGCUAUGUUUGUAAUUUAAUCUGCCUCUUUGUUGUGGAUGGACUACAAUCAUGUAUAUUUGUCUAAUGCUAAUUUAAGACCUUGUGAUUAAUUUAUAUGUUUGUGUUGUAUGGGUGGAGCGUUAUGUAGAGAAUGUUUGGGUUUACUGUUAAGGAGGCUGCUACUGGAUAUUCUACACUACACUGUGUUUUGUUUAGGCCAGACAGACUACAGAGGACAUUUGUAGAGAACGUAUUUUUGUAAAGUGUAGGAGCUUUGAAUUUUCUGGGUAUUUUGUCAAAAACUGAAAUAAAGAGGAUUACAUUAUUUGAAAGAA